UGGGUGGUCAGUAAAUUAUAUAAAUACCCGAAAUGUUCCGUCAAGUACUGCUAAUGAGUGUGGGAGAUGGUUACCAUAUUAAGACAAUGAUGAGCGGCCACGGACCAUCGCAUGGAACGACGACCGACGACCACUCUCUUACACUUUCACCAAUGACAACGACAAUGAGCGGCGACAGUACGCCGUCGUUGACUCCCUCGCCCUCCCUCUCGCCCUCUCCAACAAUUCCGGCUCAACCGGACCACUUCUACUCACAAGACGGCGAUGGCCAUCCAGCACCGUUCUCACCCGGCCACGCUUGGCUCAGUCCCGACAACGAUCCCCUCGCGACAAAGGGAAUUCCAGUCUUCAAGCCCACCAUGGAUGAAUUCCGGGACUUCGAGGCGUACAUGACGCGUGUAGAAUUCUGGGGCAUGCGCAGUGGCAUCGUCAAGAUUAUCCCCCCGAAGGAAUGGUCCGACGCACUGCCUUCUAUCCUGCCGCAGCUUGCUGACGUGCGCAUAAAGUCCCCAAUCGAGCAGCACAUGCUCGGGCGUGCGGGUAUAUUCCGUCAACAAAAUAUUGAGCGACGGAAAGCUGUCAGUGUACGCGAAUGGGCAGAAUUGUGUGCAAAGGAUGACUACCGAGCUCCUGCUGUGGACGAGGUCGGUCUUAAAUCUGCCGGGGCACAUGCGCCAUAUGUAAAGAGAAAAAAUAAGAAAAGAGAAACCACGAUAGUCAAAGAAGAGGAAAUGUCAACGAAAGACGAGUUUGAAGAUGAAGCGGGCACUGAUGACACUGUUUCGGUCCACGAGCUGCCUACACCUGCUCCCGGAGCCGACUCCGACUCCGAAAAUGAUGCCGAUGCAACUGCAGAAGCAGAGACCGAUGGUCACUCUACCUCGCGUCCUCCGGGUCGUCGAAAACGACAAUAUCCGACUCGAGCAGAGCGCGAAGCUACUCUUGCAAUGCGUGCUGAACUCGAUAAAGAAUUCCUCCAAACGUUCGACCCAAAGAUGGGUUGGCUUCCGCGAAAUACCUCCGCUUCUGACUAUACACCUUCGUUCUGUUCAACGCUUGAGCGACGAUAUUGGAGGAAUUGUGGGCUGGGCAAGCCUCCUUGGUAUGGUGCCGAUUCCGCGGGCUCACUAUUCACAGAUGAAACGACGUGCUGGAACGUCGGUUGUCUCCCAUCGACCCUUUCUCGCAUUCUUCCUAAGUCUUCGGCUGGAUUACCGGGUGUGAAUACGCCUUAUCUUUAUUUCGGAAUGUGGCGCGCGACAUUUGCUUGGCACGUUGAAGACAUGGAUCUCUUCUCUAUUAACUACAUUCAUUUCGGAGCCCCGAAGUUCUGGUACAGUGUACCACAAGGACGCGCGAUGCAACUCGAGAACACGUUGCGAAGCUUCUUUCCACGAGAUGGUGCGAAGUGUCGACAGUUCCUUAGACAUAAGUCGUUCCUAGCAAGUCCAACAUUACUUGCCCAGUCUGGAUGCAAGCCGAAUAUGCUUGUACAACAUGCUGGAGAGUUUGUCGUGACAUACCCUCGAGGAUAUCACGCCGGUUUCAAUCUCGGGUUCAACUGUGCGGAGAGUGUGAAUUUUGCGCUAGAGAGCUGGCUCGAUAUCGGGAGAAAGGCUCAGGCAUGUGGGUGUGUUGGCGACAGCGUGCGCAUCAACGUUGAUGAACUUCUGCGAGCUCAGGAAGAGGAGGCCGCCCUUGAAGCGUCUAAGCCUGCUCCAAAGCCUCGUCGAAAGAAACGCAAGUCUGAAGGCGAUGCUCAGCCGAGAGCAAAGAAGCAAAAGAUUUCUGAUGGUUCUGCGGAAGAUAUACCAUCGUCAUCGUCUAUCGCACCCAAACAUAAGAUUUUAUUAAAGGUACCAAAGGAACUCGGUCCUUUCCCGUGCUGCUUAUGUGUAUCACGCGAUACGGAUGGUCUACUGCGUGUACACGAUCUGCCAUCUUCGUGGUCAGGUUGCCAGAAUUUUAUGCCAAAAGAUGCGUCUGGGCAAGAGAUCUGGCGUGCACACGAGAAGUGCGCAAUGGCCAUCCCAGAGACAUGGGUCGACGACGAUACGGACGAUACAGGUCAAACGGAGAGGGUAGUUUUCGGUAUAGAUGUAAUUGUAAAGGACCGGUGGUCCUUGAAAUGCUCAUUGUGUCAGAAAUCACGUGCAAGACUACACGGAGCACCUAUUCAAUGCACAAAGGGCAAGUGUCCGAAGGCAUUCCAUAUCUCCUGUGCGCGUGAUGGAGGAGGUGAAAACCGUGUCCACUUUGCUGAGCUCCGUGAGAUCGAGAAGGAAGUCAUCUCAAAUGACAUUGUUCCUCCUGUCGAGCAACUCAGCGAGCUUAUGGAUAUACCUAAACCGACCUUGCAUGUUGAUGGAACCGACGCAGAACCACCCAUAUUCCCUACGCUUUCAUCAAACGUCGUGGUGGAUAGUCAGACUCUUGGUGCAACCCCACAACCCAACGUCAUCAAGACAAUCAAGAAGAUUGAGUAUGAACUAUUAUGUACCCAGCAUAAUCCAGUUGUAGUCGCGGCAAGACGCGCAAACAAACAAGACCGAGUUCGAAACGAACUGCUCGCUCUUCCUGUGAUGUCCCGGAUAAAACUACGCGUCUCUGCUGGUGUCUUCGAGGUGUCUCUUCUGUCUGUGAAUGAAGAGCGGAAUACUAUCGAAGUUAUCUGGGAUGACGGCAUCCGGCGCGAGUUUAAGUGGAGUAGUCUCGUUUGGGGUAAAACUGACCAGAUGGUCGGUCAUAAGCCCACCGUUGCCGCACCUGAGCAACCAAAUUUCCCUAAGCUGAACGUCCGUUUCACUCCCUCUUACGCAACCGCCUCCUCGUUGAGCUCUUAUACUGGACAACCACCGCCAACCCAUCCAGCUAACUUUGCAGGUCCAAGUAACCCCAGCCAAACCCCUCCAUAUUCCACCUUUACAACAACUCAUAGCGGCGACGGCCGGUUUGGAUAUAGUGAACGGCCGAAUUCAUAUAUGGCGUUUCCGAGCGGUGGCGGCCAGGCAUCUUCGGUUUCCCCGGGUCAAUCUACCUACCCGUACUACGGUUAUUCUACAGGCUUUCAAUCAGGAGCGGCGUCUAUGGCUUGGCAUCCUCAAUUCUCUUCAGCGUUCCAUGAGACUGUUGCUUCUACUGUUGCUUCUCUACCAGCAAGGUCUGGGUUAGGCAAUGUCAGUGGACCUUCUGCAGGAAGGGAUCCUAUGGCAACUUCCGUGUCCCCUGUCCCAGCGAUGAAUAGUCUGAUCAACGCAGAGCACCCAGUAUCAGUUAAAACUGUUACUGCGAGUGAGAGUGGGAACGGACAACCACCAGAAGUGAUCGCGGCUGUCGAGGAGAUACAAAAGCUUUCCUCUUUGGAGCCUGAUAGGUUACAAGCGGUCUUAAGCUCUCGACCUGCGCUGCUUGAAGCAGUCAAGAUGCUCGUCGCACAACAGGCAGAGGCUGCUGCUUAGCCAGCGCGUGCGAGCACAGAGUUGCAAAACCCUUGACUUGACUUUGGUUGUACCAACAUCGUCCGGAUUUUUCCCUUUUGUGAACAUUAUUAAAACAAUAUACACGUCCUCCCUCCGUUGUUGUUAUGCAUCCGACUUCCGAUUCGAUUCAUCAACGACAUCCGUUUUCCGUUUUUAUAUUCUUAUUAUAAACGUGUCUGUUACGUUCUGCUUAUUCAUUUUGAUCCAACUCCAUUCUUCC